UUAACUUUCAUUUUCAGAAAGAAUUUUUAGGCAGUUGCAAAAUAUAUAUUGCACAAAAAUUAUUGAAGCGUUUUUAAUUAGUUGAUAUCUAAAUUAGUCAUCAAUCUAGGGGACUGGGAGGAAUCAGGUUUUCUGGUAGAGGAUGACAAUAAACUAAGGCGGGGGAUAGUUAUAAUAAGAGAGGGUAACAGAACUGUUAUCUAUCACACGAGAAUUUGAAUAGCAAGAUUAUUACUUCCAAUUGCAUUUAAAGGUCGACAAUCUCACACCCUGUUUGACUGUGCACAUUGGGACCAAUAGUUAAAGAGUUUUGAAUGAAAAAUCACAAUAAUUAUCAGGCUAAUGAAUGAGUACAGAGACAUUGACCAUUCUGUUACCUUGAUAUUACUUUUAUAGUUCUAUAUGGAUAGUUGGAAGCUGAUAUUGAAAUCUGACCAAUGACUUUCUAAUCUUAAAUAGUUUGAAGUAUCUGACUAUAACUCAACAACAUUAUUAUUUAGUAUAAUAAAGACAUUAAGUUCACAUAAAAAUAUAAAAUGAUUAGACUUUUCCAUUCUGUGUUUAGACAAAACAGUUACUUUAUUAUUUCAUUUACACUAGGUGUGUGCCUCAGCAUUUACAUGGCACCACUUUUUGUACAAAACAAUUGCACAAAUUUCAACACAAAAAUUGAAAAUGAUAACGCCAGAAAGACUGUUCAAGUUAAUGAUGCUUAUGAACCAAAGAUAAAUUUGGCAGCUAAACCUAAGAUUGCGAUGAAGGCAGGUCAUGGUAUCAUCAGACCUAGAUUUCACAAAGCCGAACUGGGCAUCAGAAACAAAUUGUUUCUUGGCGUGUUAACGUCACCGGAGAGCAUAUCAUCUCUGGCCGUCGCAUUGAACAAGACUGCAAGUAAAUUUGUCAGCAAAAUCAUGUUUUUCAUCGAUGCACCAAGUGCUCAACGUCUCAAUGUGUCUUUGCUCAAACUUCCUGGAAUUGUCGGAUUUACAGACACCAGACAGACGCUGAAACCGUUUCAUCUGAUCAAAUACGUCAGUGAUAACUUUCUCGAAGAUUAUGAUUUCUUUUUUAUCAUUAAAGACACAUCAUAUAUACAAGCACAAAAGCUCUCUGAUUAUGCAAAGAAAAUCAGUAUUAUUUACGACAUCCAUGUCGGCAGGACUAUGCAAACCAUCGAUGAAUCAGAGAAGAUUUGUUCAUUAGAUUCUGGUAUCCUGUUAAGUAAUUCAGUUGUGAAGAAAAUGCAGAGGUCCCUAGAAUGGUGUGUCAAGAACGCUGUGACCAAAGAUGACAAUGUAAACUUUGGUCGAUGUGUGUUCCACGCUUCCCAAGUUCCAUGUUCUGAUUCCGCACAGGGAACAAAAUUCCAAACGUUUGUCGUCAGAAAGGGACAGCUCAAUUCUUUGAUUCCAUCAGUAACAGCUGAUAACCAGAGGUUUGAUAAUUCCAUAAUUAUUGGACCGUUAUCUAAAGCAGAACACUACUAUACCAUUCACUUCUACUUUUCAAUGAAAACAACAACGAAACUAAAUAUUGCUAUUGAAGACUUGAGGAAGUCUGUAGUAAAGCUAUCAAAGUCACAGACAGCUGAGAGCAGAAGGUGGCCAGUGGCCAGCCAGCCGCCCGCCGUCCCGUUGUCUCACUUUGACGUGGUGCGGUGGGACCACUUCACUCUCACUCACAAAUAUCUCAACAACGAUUUCACAAACCUUGUCCCUCUCUCUGGUGCCGACAAGGAAGAUAUCCAGAGAAUCAUCUCCGCAGCUAUAACUCAUGUAGAGGAAAAGUAUGAGAGUGCAUUGAAAUUUCAUAGGUUUAUAAACGGGUAUCAGAAAUUUGACCCUUCAAGAGGAAUGGAUUAUAUAAUUGAUCUUGAGUUCAGAGAAACUACAAGUGGCAAAACGAUCCACAAAAGAUUUGAAUUGUUCAAAUCGUUGGGCAAGGUAGAGAUGGUACCAGUACCUUAUGUCACGGAGAACGUGCGCGUACAUGUCGUCAUCCCAGUCCAGUCAGCUGACAGUGAAAGGAUAAUGACGUUUUUGAAACAGUACAGUAUAAAUGCAAUGGAGAAAAAAGAUUUGCAGUUCUUGAUGUUGGUUUUUAUCUAUAACUCGCACGAGUCAUCAAAAGGAGACAAUGAUAUUUUUAAAGAAGUAAAAAAUAAAGCUUUAUCGCUUUCGAAUAAAUUUGAGAAGUUAGGCAAUUUAAUAAAGUGGCAUUCAAUAAAGCUUCCUGGCAAUGGAUCAGACUUUGCAGUUUUAACCGAAUCUUUGCUAGAUUUUGCUGUAAUGGACUCUGUACUGAAAAAGUUCUCACCAGAAAGUUUAGUUCUUGUAGGAAGGCCCAAUAUGGAAGUGCGUCUGGAUUAUUUUAAUAGGGUGCGGAUGAACACUGUGUUGGAUUUUCAAGUGUUCAGCCCCAUUCCUUUCACUGAGUACCAUCCAGACAUCAUUUACAAUGAGAACCGGCCACAGCCACCAGAACUGGAUAUCAACAAGAACUAUGGCCAUUACGAUUCUACAAACUUCAAGCACAUAUCAUUCUACACUGCCGACUAUUUAAAGGCUCGUAAAAAAAUUGAGGAUGUAAUUCCACUUGUUAAAUAUGACAAAGACAUCUGGAAGUUGACACCUAAAUCCCAAUUGGCAGAAGACAGUCCUUAUCAUCUCUAUACAAGGAAUGGUAUAUACAACAUGUUCGUGAAGAACAGCAAAGCACACAUUUUGAGAGCGGUGGAACCCAGUCUCCGCUUGCGACACUCGCUAGAGACCUGUGUGUACUGUCGGAGCCAAGUGGAGUUUAACGAUUACUGCACCAGGAUGCAAGCGUUCAAUCUCGCCACUAGAAGUCAACUCGGCAGACUCAUACUGGACCACCAAGCUCACGUUGCAUAUCCUCGGAGUGAAUUUUAGCUUGAUAGACUGGUUCAUACCCUGACACAAGAGCCUAGUAUUAUUAUAUUUAUAACGCUUUUUACUUUUUCAUUAAUACAAAUUGUAUUUAUAUUUUUGAAAUAUACAAAAUAUAAUUUGUUA